AUGCUUCAUGGAGCGAUCUGUGGCGCGGUGCUCGGGCACCAGCUUUUAGAUUCCGCGCGCGGACCUUCGUCCAUCCACCGGCAGCCAGAGCAGGACCCCGAGCGGUCGCAGGGCCCAGGGAUCACCAUGGCCGACGCAGACGAGGGCUUUGGCCUGGCUCACACACCCCUGGAACCAGACGCCAAGGAUCUGCCCUGUGACUCCAAACCCGAGAGCGCGCUAGGGGCCCCCAGCAAGUCCCCGUCGUCCCCGCAGGCGGCUUUCACCCAGCAGGGGAUGGAAGGGAUCAAGGUGUUUCUCCAUGAAAGAGAACUGUGGCUGAAAUUCCACGAAGUGGGCACAGAAAUGAUCAUAACCAAGGCUGGCAGGCGGAUGUUUCCCAGUUACAAAGUGAAGGUGACCGGCCUGAAUCCCAAAACGAAGUACAUUCUUCUCAUGGACAUCGUUCCCGCGGACGACCACAGAUACAAGUUCGCAGAUAAUAAAUGGUCUGUGACGGGCAAAGCGGAACCCGCCAUGCCGGGCCGCCUCUACGUGCACCCGGACUCGCCGGCCACUGGGGCGCAUUGGAUGCGGCAGCUCGUCUCCUUCCAGAAACUCAAGCUCACCAACAACCACUUGGACCCAUUUGGGCAUAUUAUUCUAAAUUCCAUGCACAAAUACCAGCCAAGAUUACACAUCGUGAAAGCGGACGAAAAUAAUGGAUUUGGCUCAAAAAACACCGCGUUCUGUACCCACGUCUUUCCUGAGACAGCGUUUAUUGCGGUGACUUCCUACCAGAAUCACAAGAUCACCCAAUUAAAGAUUGAGAAUAAUCCCUUCGCCAAAGGAUUCCGGGGCAGCGAUGACAUGGAGCUACACAGGAUGUCGAGAAUGCAAAGUAAAGAAUAUCCUGUGGUUCCCAGGAGCACAGUGAGACAGAAAGUGGCCUCCAACCACAGUCCUUUCAGCAGUGAGCCUCGAGCUCUGUCCGCCUCAUCCAACUUGGGGUCCCAGUACCAGUGUGAGAAUGGUGUGUCUGGCCCUUCCCAGGACCUCCUGCCCCCACCCAACCCGUACCCACUGCCCCAGGAGCACAGCCAAAUUUACCAUUGCACCAAGAGGAAAGAUGAAGAAUGUUCCAGCACAGACCAUCCCUAUAAGAAGCCCUACAUGGAGACAUCACCUAGCGAGGAGGACCCCUUCUACCGCUCCGGCUACCCCCAGCAGCAGGGCCUGGGUGCCUCCUACCGGACAGAGUCAGCCCAGCGGCAGGCCUGCAUGUACGCCAGCUCUGCGCCCCCCAGCGAGCCUGUGCCCAGCCUGGAGGACAUAAGCUGCAACGCCUGGCCCAGUAUGUCCUCGUACAGCAGCUGCACGGUCACCACCGUGCAGCCCAUGGACAGGCUACCCUAUCAGCACUUCUCUGCCCACUUCACCUCGGGGCCCCUGGUCCCCCGGCUGGCUGGCAUGGCCAACCACGGCUCCCCGCAGCUCGGAGAAGGAAUGUUCCAGCACCAGACCUCCGUGGCCCACCAGCCUGUGGUCAGGCAGUGUGGGCCUCAGACUGGCCUCCAGUCCCCGGGCAGCCUUCAGGCGUCGGAGUUUCUGUACUCUCACGGUGUAUCAAGGACCCUGUCCCCGCAUCAGUACCACUCGGCUGUGCAUGGAGUCGGCAUGGUUCCAGAGUGGAAUGACAACAGCUAA